GGACAAGCGUAGCCGCCGCCGUAGAGGAUCGCGCAUGCGCAGUGAAAGGCUUACUGGUCUACGCGCCUGCGCAGACUGAAUCUUCAACAGCUUCUAUUGUGGACCUUUCGGGCGUCGUGUUUCUUAGUAGGCCUGCGGUCAAUGACGGUAUUGUUUCCCACCGAGGGCCCCCGGCGAUCGGUGGCGGGGUCGGUGGAAGGGGGAGAGGCGGUACUGUGAGGAUGUGCGAGCGUGUGAAGACCUAGUCGGCUGCUUCCCCCGAUACUAGGUAGCGGCGCGGCCCGUUACCUCGGCAGCCCCCGCUCUCAUCUCUUCGCUUUCACCUUCACGGGGGUUCCGGGGCGCACAAUGGAGCCCACGUUCCCCCCCGGCAUGCUCAUGUUUAGCCACCUCCCGCCGGUCACCACCUUCGCUCGCCUGGGCUCAGACCUGCUGCCCCCGCCACCGAUGUUACCGGGCCCGGGGGACAUGAUCCUGAAGAAGGAGCCUGGCUCCCCACCUCACCCGGCGGACUACCUGCACGGCCUGACGGGGAUCAAGCAGGAGAAGAUCGGCGAGCACGAGCAGUACCACUACUACGGGGAGAGGCAGGCCGAGAUCCUGGAGGUGACGGUGGGAAGCCCGGGACUCAUCCCAGAGUUGGGCCUGAACAGAGAGGUGAGCUAUGGCAGCGCUGCAGCAUCCUCCCCGGGCAGAACAUGGCGGGGGGAGCUGUUAAUAAGAACCGAAAAAAAUGGCUGCGUUCCAAAACAGAGUCCAUCCAUGAAGAAGACCAGGCGUCCAAGCUCAGAAGCUCAGGAAUCAAAAUCCAAACGCAGGCGGACUGACUCUUCUAAAUCAUUAGGUGGUGAUGGUGAAGCUGCUAAUCUGUCUCCAAAUCAGAAACCUCAUAUAUGUGAGCACUGCACUGCCGCUUUUAGGAGUUCCUACCAUCUGCGCAGGCAUGUGCUCAUACAUACAGGUGAAAGACCGUUUCAGUGCAGUCAAUGCAAUAUGAGUUUCAUUCAGAAGUAUUUGCUGCAGCGGCAUGAAAAAAUACAUAGUGGAGAAAAACCCUUUAACUGUGAUCAGUGCAACAUGAAGUUUAUACAGAAGUACCACAUGGAGCGACACAAGCGGACACACAGUGGAGAAAAGCCAUACAAGUGUGAUACAUGUCAGCAGUACUUCUCAAGAACAGAUAGGUUGCUGAAGCACAAAAGGACAUGCGGUGAAACCAUGAAUAAAGGAGCCUUGGAGCCUGGGUCAUCAAAUCCUAAUAUGGAUAGUUUAUCUGGCAACUUUGAUCUAUCUCAGGGAAAUUCCAAUUUUUCUGGGCGCAAGAAAAGCAAGUCUAGAAAUGGUUCCUCACAUAAGGACCAUAAGCAAGGCAACAAACUAAAUGAGUCACAUAUGGUAGCUGGUUUAGACAUUCAGGCUUAUGCAGUGGAUGUCCCAAAUGUGUCUUCCGGUAGUAUUUCAUCUGGCACUUGUAUGGAUGAAUUGGACACCAAGAUGCCAAAAUUAGUGUUCAAGAAGGUAAGCCGGAAACAGGCAGAAAAGAAUGACCUCUCCAUGGAGUCUGUGUCAGCCAACAUGGUUAUUCAUAAACUUUCAAACAAACAUAAUGGCCCUCUUGAUAUGGUGGGAAAUACCAAUGUGGACACCAUGAAUCUCCUUCAGAGUUCAGGUAUCAAAGGUUCUACAAGUAGCAAUUAUGAUGAUGCAAUGCAGUUCUUGAAAAAAAGAAGAUAUUUACAAGCUGCUGGCAACAACAAUGCCUAUGCUGUGAAUGUAGGGCAUAUGGUGGCACAACAGUCUGUAAUUCAGUCUGCAGUUUCUAGUGUCGAUGGGGACAGCCCGUUAACACUUAUAGAUUCACAGGCAUUGAAUGUUGAAAUAAAGAACUGUCAUGACAAGUCUGUCAUUCCUGAUGAGAUUCUUCAGAGUAUCUUGGAUCACUACAGUCAUAAAUCGGUUGGGCAUCCUGAUAUUUCUUUCAACAUUGCUGAACACCAUGUAGAACUUCAAACGGGAGAUGGCAGUGAUUUAGUUCACGAAGAUGUCUGUUCAGAUUCUCAGUCUACACCAAAUGAUAAGGCCAAUAUGUUUCAGGAGUAUUCAAAAUAUCUUCAGCAAGCUUUGGAGAGAACAAGCCAUACAACGUCAUUCCCACUGGGGCCGAGUUUACAAUUCGUAAGCCUGUCUUCAUCUCUCGCAAACCAUUCUCUUUUUCCCGACAAACAAAUUUACACUACAUCUCCUCUUGAGUGUGGGUUCAGUCAGUCGGUAACUUCAGUAUUACCGUCCACUUUCCCAAAGUCGCACUUUGGCAUGGUGGUGAGCCCCCAAACUGGAUUUGCAUUGUCCUUGGAGGCAGCACAUCAGCAGUUGACUCCUUCACAAGAGUUGGCUGAACAAAUAGAGUCACAGAAAACCUUAGAUACGUCCUCUAGCUACCAGAUUUCAUCUCAGGAAUUGAAUGGGCAGAAAGAUCAACAAAAAAGCCUGGAGUCAACUUCAGGUUUUCACCUUCAACCUCAGGAUUUGGCCAGUCCUUUAGAACAGCGGAAGGACCUCAGACCACAAGUAACUUGCCAGAUAGAGAACUUUGCACAAGCAUUUGGUUCCCAAUUUAAAUCUGGUAACAGGGUGCCAAUAUCAUAUAACACUAGUACUGAUGGUGGUGUGGAUCAUAGGUUGAGGACUUCAAAUCCAGAAUUCUCAGGGUACACAAAUUUGUUAUCUGAUGUAAAUGAAACGGGUAGUACAAGAGUCAAGACAUCAAGUAGUCAAGGCUUCAGGUGAGGCUGUAAGUUUGCCCAGGCAUUUGAGGUCUUUUAAAACAUGGUGUAUUUUUUGUUUUGAUAACACUGCCAUUAGAAUGUUUCUACACAAUCGUAAUAAGAAUUAUGUAAUCUAUGCCCUGUCAAUGCAAUUUAUUGUUUUUCGUUUUUUAUUUUAAUUAUUAUUAUUAUGAAAGUGUUGUGAUAGUUCAGCUUGUACCUAAUUUUUAAAUUCAAAUUUAAUUAGUUGGGGGGAGGGACGGGGAACAGGGUAGCCAAAACAUAAUUUCAGAGAGAACUGCUUGGCAGUCUUUUUCCUCAAUUGCAAAUUUCUUUAAGGACUGAUAAAAUGCCCAUUGUCAAACCAUAAAAAAGCAGGAUAAAAAUGAUUGGACUCAGGAAUGGAGUUUUGAGCAGAGGCACAUAAUAUAUGAAAAUUCCUUUUAAACAGUGAAACUUGCUGUUUUCACUCUUGUCCUAACAAUUUCAUAUCUUCAGACUAGUUCAUGCCUGUAACCUGUAUUCCAAUAUAUAUUUAAUAUUCUCUGCAAAAGCUUUAAAUUAACAAACUUAAAAUACUAUCAAGAUUUUUGACAAAUUAUGUAUGUACAGUGUUCUCUUUAUUUUUUCCUUUGAUAUACCUCAUUUUUACUGUUCAUGCAGCAUUCAGGAACAUAUGUAUUUUGCAAUAUCGUUCAAAAUAAUAAAAGAAAACAUUGUGUUCAAAUUAUUUUAUAGAUAUGUCUAGAAUGUUAUAAAAUGAAUACAGCCUGUAUACCAGUAAACAGCAUAGUAUUCAUUAUGUUGUCUCUGUAUUAGACAAACAAACCACAUUGGCUCAAUCACAUAGAAAUAAGAAUAUAUAUGUAUAUCCACUUCAGAAUGCAUACUGCGUCUCUAUAAAUAGAGAUAAGUGGAACCUGGCGGACUAUUACCAGUUCUAAAAGCAAAUGCAAAAGCCGAGUUGACAUUGUACCUUUUUUUUUUUUUUUUUAUGUGUCAAACUGUUUCACUCCUUUUUAAUGUAGAUCACAUGCGCUUCAUCAUAAAUUGUUGACUGCUCAUCCUUGUGCCACACACCAUGUAGAAUUAAGUAGAAUUAUUUUAUAUUCUGAUACCCCUCCACAUCCUUUCCCUGCCAUAAGUCUUAAUGUAAAGAAGUACCCGGCUGUUCCAGAGGUUUCAUUGAACUUCUCAUUUUAAGUUGGUUACAUAAUGAUGAUUGAGUUUGAUGCAGUUGCUAAUCAAAUGGUGUAUAAGUGACUACAAAAAAUGUGUGGUGUGUAGCCAUUAAUUAUUAGGUCUGAAUAUCGUUCCUAAAUAUGACCCUCUCAAUUAACUUGAGUCCUCUGUGGAAUAAUGGCUCUAGUCAGUAGCAUGUUCCCUCUUUUAUUAUAUGAAAAUAGUUAUAGCUGCUUGGCAAUAUUUACAGUAAAUCUUUGGAAAGUAAAAGAUAAAAGGAAAUGAGGCAGAUGUAUUAAUCCUGGAGAAGUGAUAAAGCAAUGAUAAGUGCAAGGUGAUAAAACACCAGCCAGUCAGCUCCUAACUGUCAAUUUACAUAUUGGAGCUGAUUGUCAGGUACAUUAUCACCUCGUACUUAUCACUGCUUUUAUCACUUCUCCAGGCGUAAUACAUCUGCCCCAGUGUGUUUUUAAGCCGUGUGUUCCUUGCGUUCAGAUUGUGCAUAUUCUUUGUUUUAUCUUUUACCUGUGUUUUUCUCUCGAAACUCCUCUUCUGGCUUCUUUGUUACAGAUAAUAGCUGGCUUUUUAAAAUAAGAAAAAAAACUAUAUUGGUAGGCAUUUAAAAACUGUUCUACAGAUAACAAAUAGGUGCUACACAGAGCAACCAAUUUUACUUAUUUUACUUUCAUUUUAUGAGUCAACCAUAUCAACUAGUUUGACUUUUUUCUUUUCCCUAUUGCAGCAUCCCAAUUUUAAAAUAAUUAACUGUACAGCAGUCUUAUAAAUGCUGAACCCCACCCCCAUCUGUUAAGACCAAUUAUAUAUUAUUGUGCGUGGGGGUAGUGAACAGUAGAGUACUAAUGUUUCUGUGACUCUUAUCUCUAUUAUCACACGUUGGAUUUUGUAAAAGAAAAAAAUCUUAAUAGUUUUUGGCUUUCUAUACAGCAUCAUGGGGCAAUUGUAUAAAACCUUCUACAGAGUAGAAAAUAGGGUAAUUGGAUAAGUUGCACAUAGCAACCAAUUACUGUAAUAUUCUAGUUAGACAUUUUAUAGAAUUCACUUGAUAAAUGCCAGCUAGAAGCUGAUUGCUGUAACUUCACUCUUUAGAAGGUUUGAUAAAUUUCCAUGUUUAAAAUUAGUUUUCUAUUUGCUUACAUUGUUUGUAAGAUGAGCCUUUUUGCCAUGUGAGUAGACUUGUAUUGCAACCAGUUUCUUUACAAGUUGAAGAGUGAAAUGAAACGGUACAUUACUUUUUAAGUAUAGCUAAAAUAUAAUAUCCUAAAAUGCUUAUUAAUAAAAUAAGCAAAUCAAGUUUGAAAGUUAAGUGCUCCAUUCACAGUACUUACGCUUGACUUUUUAAAUCAUGUCACUUAUCAAUUUUGUAAACAAAAGUGUUAUAAGUAAUAACCUUCCAUUGUUUUCAUCAGCCAUUGCUCAUUUCGAUCACGUUUUUAUGUUUAUGCACUAGCUAAUAGAGAAGAAGAAAAAAAUCCAAGGGGCUGUUUUUUUACACAGGUGGGCUUUUGCUGUAAAUUGGCGUGCUGCACAUAAGUAAUGACUAAAAAGUUGCAGCAACACAGGGUGCCUUUAGAUGUAAAGUGUACCUAAUUUCUGGGCCAAUCCGUUUUGAUCCACUCAGAACUAUUUAGUGAUAUCAUUGUAGUCAAUUGGCUGCAUCCUGAUUGGUUUAGUUUAGUCCUUAAAUGUCUGCAUCCACUUUGUGCAGGUGACUGGUUCACUUUUCAAUCAAAUAUAAAUUAGAUGGUUUGCUUCAUUAAAUGGAAAGUUAGGAUAAUGGGUGAUGCAGCAAGGUUGCACAUGUGUUUUGAUACAAUGUUAAUGUGAUUUUUAUUGAUGUUUUGGAGGGGAAAUAAUGCUUCUGAUAUUGAGGCCUAAAUGUGAGUUGGAAAUUUUCACCUCGACCUUCUUGUUACAUUUUUAUUUGAUCUGGAUAAUUGUUUAUUUUUUUCCAGUGGGUUGCAGUCUAUUCAUGUAGCUCAUUUUUUGUGUGUUCUGUAUUUAAAGUGUAAUUGUUGCCUACAUAAUGCAACUUGGCAAUUCCCUAGCAGCCGGUGGGUGACCUCACUGAUCUGUGAGGUUAAUAGUUCCUAAGGAGUUAAUAAGCUGUGUUCUCCUAAUCGGUGAAUAAAAGCCCAAAUAGCUUUCUCCACUGUGUAGACAACAUGUACACCACAUGCAUUGUCCAUUUCAAACGGGUACAUGCUUUGAAAUCAGUAUUAUGGUGAUUUUUUUUUUUUGUAUGAGAUGUCGUUGUACAUAUGGGUUGGCUGUGCAAUAAAAAAAAAAUAUAACUUUUUUUUUUUUUUUUUUUUUUUUCAACUCCAUGCAACAGUAUGCACAUUUGAAAUCCUUGUUCUUAAUUUCCAGUUGUAUACAAAGGAGGGGAAAAAUGCCACAGUGUAAAGCCAUUUUAAUGUAAAGAUGCAAGUUUGUCCUUUUUAAUUAUUGCUGCUGCAACAAUGACAGUUACGCAGGUUGAUAUACAUUUCCAAACAACUCGUUAAGCAGGUGGCUUCGGUUCAAACUGACGUUGGUUACUAGUGUUGAGUAAGGUCCCUUUUGUGUGUGUCUUUUUUGUUUUUUUUGUCCGAACAAUCUGCUGUGGAAACUGCUCUCUAACAAAUCGUUGGGGCUAAAAGUGUUCAUAAGAAAACAAACUUGGAAGUAUUAUUGCCUUUUACAAUUAUGAUUUGCCUGUGUAAUUUCAUAAUGUCCCUGUGUAUGUACUGUUUAUGGUCUAUUUAUACACUACAGCAAUGCAAUGUGUGUUUUAAGAUAAUCAGAACUUGCAAUUGUACAAGAUAUCUGCAAUUUAUCAAACCGGCCCUGUUUUUAUAUAAAUGAAAUAUAAAAAUAUAUAAAUAGAGCGAUGAAGUUACUGUUUUGAAAUGUGUAAAACGUUCUCCGGAUGCGCCAAAUUCCAGGAAUAUUUUGAAAUCAGUUUAGCUUUGACUAGAUAAGCAGCAGCAUGGACAAGCAAUAUGUUAAUAUUUGUUUUUUGUUUUUUUUUUUAUUAUUAACUUGGACACCGAAAUAGAAAAUAUGGAUUUAUCUUCUGCUGACAGGAUUCCACGUUUACAAAAAAUAGUUUUGGGGGAGUCCAUGAACUUUUUUUUUUAUUUUUAAGGUGGAAGGGGAACAUUUGUGGAUCCUAAGUUAAAAUAAAAAGGUUUACAUUAA